GGUGGUGUUGCAAUUGCAAGAAGAAGGACAAGCAAGCAUGCCGGCAAAGAGCAAGACAAAGUCGAUCUGGCGGCAGCCAGAGGCACAGCACUUCCAGGUGGUGCACCGCUCGCAGCGGGACCCGCUGAUCCACGAUGCCGACGCCCCCUCGCGCGUGCUCAAGCCGUCGCAGCCACGCAAUGCUCGAGGAGGAGCAGGGGCAGGGGCGGGGGGACCCCAGUCGCGCUCCCAACUCGAGGCAGCGCUGGGCGAAGAGGCACUGCGGGACCAGCGCGAGAACGUCGGUGAGGCGGCCGAGUACGGCAUCUACUUUGACGACACCGAGUACGACUACAUGCAGCACCUGCGGCCCAUUGGCGGCAACGACAACCAGCGCCGGGGUGGCGAGGCCGUCGACGAGGAGGACAAGGCCGACGUCGUCAUGCUCGAGGCGCCGGCAGCCAAGAAAAAGGGCGCAGCAGCCAAGGACCGAGGGCCGAUCACGCUCCGUGAUGAGCAGGAGGGCAGCGGGGCAGCAGGAGGCGCGCUGAAUCUUCCCGACGAGGUGCUGCCGUCCAAGGACAUGCUGCCGCGCGACUUUGGCGCCGGCGAGGCGCACUUGCAGACGGGUCUGCAGCCCGACAUGGACCCGCAUCUGCGCCAGGUCCUCGAAGCCCUCGACGACGAUGCCUUUUUGAUGAACGUCGCCGCCGGGGUCAAGUCGUCGUCUUCUUCUGCCACUGCCGCUGCUGCCGCGUCGUCGUCUGCCGUGCCGAUGGAGAUGGAAGAGGAAGAGGAAGAGGAGGAAGAGGAAGAAGACAUCGAUGACUUCUUCUCGGGCGUCAUUGCCGGUGGCGAGCUUGGGUCGGACGACGAGGCACCCGAAUGGCGAGCGCUGCCGCCCGGCGGUGAGGAGUCGAUCUGGGAGGACAGCGCAUCGCGGGCGGCGCGAGAGCUGCUCGAGCUAAAGCAGAGUGGCCGGGGUGUCGAGGAACUCAGUCUCACCAGCCGGCUCGCCCUCUUCAAGGCUGCGGGGCAGGGGCAGGGGCAGGGGCAGGAGCAAGGCCAGGAUGGAUUGGCUCGGGGAGGAGCAAACUCGGACGAUGAUGACGACGACGCCUCGACGUCGGCACCAGCACCGCGCAACAAGCGGGCCGUGGCGCCGCCGUCGUCGGUCGGCUCGCAGUCCAUCUUUGGCGAAAAGGGCGCGACGCGCAAGAGCCGGCACCCGGGCGCAAAGGCCCGUCUCGCCGCCUCGUUCUACGCGCCCAGCUCGGCCGGCGGCUCGACGGCAUUCAGCAUGAGCAGCAGUGCCAUGGAGCGCAACCAGGGUCUGACAGGGCUCGACGAGCAGUUUGACCGCAUGGAGCGCAUCUACGAGCAGGACUCGGAUGAAGAGGAGAAUGACGACGACGACGACGACGACGAGGAUGGAGAUGGCAACGGCGACGGGCAGCCGCUGCACGACCUCGACGGCAUCUUUGACGACUUUCUCUCCAAGCACGAGGUCAUUGCCGGCAAGCUCAAGGCGCGAUUGGGCGACCGCAGUGCCACGGCUGCUGAAAAAGUCGACCUGCUGCGGCGCGAGCUGGGCGAGGUGCGCCUCUACGACCGGCAGCGUGGUGUUGAUGGCGAUGACGACGACGAGGAGGCGCAGGCAGACAUCAUCCCGCGGCACUGGAUCGAGGGCAAGAGGCAGGAGUGGGACGUCGAGACGGUGCUGACGACCAAGACAAACGUCGAGAAUCGGCCGCGGACGAUCAAUGCGGCCCAGAGCGUCGCUGGCGGGUCCACCUUCUCGCGCAAGCCUGCCACACUGGUGCCCGGCGCCGGCUCCGUGCGUGGAAGCGCCAGCAGCAGCAGUAGCCGCAUGCAGGAUGGCGAUGAAGACGUCAUGCCCAAGGUCCGCGUCAAUCCCAGGACGGGCCAGGCCGAGAUUGUGGGCUACAUCAAGGUCGGCCAGCGUCAGAGGAAGCGCGAAGCCUCGACUGCUGCCGAGGCCGAGCCCGCAGCCGAGGAGAGCGCACGGAGCGCCCUGUCUGAAGAAGAGGACGGCGACGACCAGGAAGGCGAAGUAGGGUCAGAAGAUGACUACGACAGCGACGCGACCGAGGGCGCGACAUACCGCACCACCGUCACACGCGACCGCAACGAGAGCAAGGAGGACAAGAAGGCGAGAAAGGCGCAGGCAAAGGAGCAGAAGCAGUCGCGCCGCCUCGAAAAGUCGGAGCGAAAGGCCCAGUUCGCCCAGGAGCGCAAGCGCCAGACCAAGAUCCAGGGCGCCAAGCUCGGCGGGGGAAACGCCGCCGACGUGGGCAGAAACGGCAUCGGUGGCGGACAGGCGAUCCACCUCGUCUGAGUUACUUCACUCUCCAAUUGACAUUGACACACACAAUUGAAAUGAUUACGAUGAUGAUGAUAAUGAUGAU